CCUUUAUUCGCGCAAGACGACAUAUAUACUGGCAUUUCUAAUCGCCCACGCUCGCUAGAAAAUACUGAGAUAGGAUGCUGACUCGGCCAAGUUCUGUACUUGUGCUACAGGACAGGUAAACCUUGGGCGCGAUUUGCUUUGAUGGAGAUACGCCGCUUUCACUCCGACUUAACGGCCAAACAUAAUGCCCUCUGAAGGCUACCACCCUCAUGAUGCCCAUCAUCGCCCGACUCACCAUAUUACCUCCCAGGUUCACCGUGACUACAACACCACCGGGGCUGCCCUCACUGAGGGCCCCAGCUCCCAAUCCCAAUCUCAAUCCCAAAGCCUGCUCUCCCAGGAUAUCGCCAAUGCAGUGGCGAUCCUCAGGACAAUCGAGAAGAUUGUCUGGGAGAUUGUUGAGGUUUUGUUUUGCAUCGUCAUCGCCCUCUGUUUGUUGGCUCUCGGAUUCCUAGGGGCCUUUUUUGGUAUUCGGAACGUCAUCGGCCAUUGGAUAUUGCUUCAUCUUCGCGCCUCCUCAAAAUCCUAUUCCAAAGUCACCCUGCUGUCGACUUUCUGGUUUGGAUUUUGGGGCUCAGCUAUUACAUUCAUCCCUUUCUGGCUAGUAUACGUCCCGCUGCGCAAUUUCCUUUGGGAUACAGAAAACCCGAUUUUGGCGUCCUUCUUGGCAUUCCUCAACCUUGUCCUGGUCACUGCCAUGGUCGCAUUGGAAUGCAAAAUUGGAGUGUUUCUCGCCAGGCGCUACGGUGUAGUGACGCUCAAACUUGGAGAUGCUAUCCGUGUUGCGUACACUGGAGUAGUAGCCCCGAUCCUUGGGGUGUGCAUUAUGCUAGUGCUCCUUCUCGGAGUCAGUCUUUAAUCUGCUGAGUAUCGGUGGUAGUGGUGAUCGAGCUGCAGAUCCUUGGAUGCAUUGGUGAUUAUACGGCAAAUCCCUGGCUUCGUGAUGUGUAAUGCAUAAUACUGACGGCCCUGCCAAAGUCUCGUCAGCGACCAAAUAUACAUUUGUUCCAAUGCCAAC